GCUAAGUUGGGUUAUCAAAACGUCCUUAUGCAGGCGGCGGUAGAAGAAUCGGUUCUCGACUCGUUCGUGGAAACGAGUCGCAGGUGGGCGCUGCGGUGCGGUGCGAGCGCUGCCGCGGCACCGGACUAGUCUCGACGCGUUCCGCUCCGCCAUUCGCCAUUCGCCAGUCACCAGUCUGCGCUCGGCCGCCGCUCGGAACGCUUGUGCCAGUGACGCCGUGCUGUGUGACACAUUUGACAGUUGUUGAUCGUGUGCUCGUGUUAUGUUUUCUUAUCGGAACUAUGGUGUAUCCCCAUGAAAAUGUGGAGUGAUUUUCAGGGCUCUGGCGGGGGGUGCGGCGCCAAGCGGCGCGCCGGGUCCCCGUGCGAGGGCGGCAUCGGCGGCAAGGCCGCACGCUGGGAGGAUUCGAUUGCGCGGCUGGAGGCGGUGGCCGCCGGUGCCGGCGGCGCCGACUGCUGGCGCGAGGAGGACGAGAGGCGCGCGUGCCGCCGGCGCUGGUGCGGUGGCUGGUGCGGCGCGCACGACACCAUCCGCGCCGAGAACGGCAAGUCGUACCUGGAGUUGGGCGGCGCCGCGGCACGCGCCUGCUGCGACGGCCGCGCCGCCGGACGCUGUGCCUCGCGCCGCUGCUACCGAGAGCGGCGGCUCAAGAUGAUGAACCUGUGUGCGCUCAAGUUGGCGAGGUUCCGGCAGACGGCCGAUCCCUCGUUGCGACGCUCCGUGCUUGUGUGCAACACGCUGCGCGGCAUCGAGCGCGAGAUGGAGCGCGAGAGCGCGGAAGAGGCGCCCGCGGAGUGCUCAGGCAGCGCGCGAUGCGAGCUGCUGGGUGCGCGCGACCCCGCCGCCGGCCGUGCCACACCCUUCCCCGCGCCCCCCGUGCCCGACCGCGACUCGGGCUACGGCGACGAGGAGCGCGCCAUCGACUGGGGCUCCGUGCUGAGCUUGUCGUCGCGCUCGGCACUCGACCCGCCCGAAGACGCGUGGCCCGACGACUGGGGCUGGUCAGCCGGCGAGGACAGCUUCGUGCGGCUGCUGGUGCCCACGAGUUAGUGCACGGCGCGCGGGCACGCGCCCGCGCCCCCGCCACACUGAGCGCCUGUGAUACGCCGCCGGCCCGCGGCGCCAGCUGACGCGGCAUCUAGUCGGAGCGGCCACGAGCCACUUAGUAUUACGUUAAUCAGGGAAGGUGCUAGCUUCGGACGUGACGCAGGACCUAUACGCGAGCCGAGUUAUUUUUGAUAGUUUUAUUUCCUUUAAGUGAACUCUAAACCGAGACUAAGUGAUGUGCGGACUUUAUCGAGCCGAGAAAGCUCGGGUGUUUGACGAGUUUUUUUGUUAAAAUUAUUGUGUAAUUAAUUAGAUGAAAUGCUAUAUUUAUUAUGUUGAGAGGGAAAAAGUGAUAAUUUGAAAUUAUUUCUGUCUUGAUAUUUUCUAUGGUACGCUGUCGAGCAAGAGUAUGUUUUCUGGUUAUGUUAAAAGUUUACCUACGCGUGGAGGUGUGACCUUUUGCUAUCGAUAUCGACAUACCUCUGAGAUUUAUAUUUACUGUCCGCUCGAAGUCAUUCGCCUUAAUUACUUUCUGUUAUACACCGAAAAAGGUCUCACCUCUCACGAUACAGAUCUACGUCAUAUUUAUAUUUGUGUGGACAUGUGCCGAUGUAUUUGUACAGCGCGCGACCACUGGGCCGGGCUCCGUGCGGCUGCUCGGUGGCGGCGCCCGCGCCCUGUGGUCGCGCUGGGACAGGAAGCUUAAUAAUUGUUAUUAAUAGAUCUAUAACAAGUAUGUACUUAAAUUUACAUCAAUUACUUCUGCAUCCAACACUGGUCAUAUCGUAAUUGGAUGUUAAUUAUGUCGCCUUGUCGGAUGUCGUCGGAUGUCGUCGGAUGACUGCACUGCAUUACGAUUUGUACAUCACCAUUGACCGUUGUUGUGGUUUACUUCAAUACGCCCUAAAUCGGAAUUGUAUAACUUUAAGGCCCCGUUUGCCCGCUGACGAUAAUUUUGACGCAAGUAAAAGUUGAUUACACGA